AUGUAAGUGUUAAGAUUUGAUUAGUUAGUUAACCCAAGUCCAUAGUUAGAAGAGUUAUGUAAAUGUAUGAUUUGUUUGGAAAUAUUUAUUGAUCCAAUGUGUUGUGAAAGUUGUGAAAAUCAUUUUUGUUAAACCUGCUUAACAACUUAGAGUUAGAAUUAAUCUGCGCGAAGUUGUCCGGACAGCGUAUCUUAAAAAAUAUGCUUAAUGAUCUUAUAAAUAAAAUGGAUGCCUAUAAAUUUUGAAAUAUUCCUAAUACUUUUCUCAUAUUAAAUCAUACUAUUUCAAAUAAACAUUCUCUUAAAAGAAAGGAAUCAACAUUAUAAUAUAUGUCCUUUUAAACUUUUAUAAUGUAGAUGGUGUUCAAAAGUGAUAUUGAGAAAAAAACUCGAACAACAUGAAUUAAACGAAUGUUUAUAAAGAAAGGUUUAAUGUGGCGAAUGCUUAUCAGAAGUUUCUCAUGAUACAAAAUCAGAAAGAUAAAUGCCCAGAAAAUAUUGUAACAUAAAUAUUAAUUAUCUAUUUUAGCAUAAAUGUUAAUUAUGCUUAUAACAUAUAAAAUUAAAAGAUUUAAAAUUUGACGAUAACAAUGAAUGUCCUGAAGUUAUCAUUAAGUGUUCAGGAUGUUAAGAGCAACUAAAGAGAACUAAAAUAAUAUAACACAGACAAUCUUGUAAUCUGUGA